AUGAGUGAAAGCCAAGAAUCAUCGGAAUUUCAGUCAGGCUCAUCGAAACUUGAAAAUAAGAGAAGUAACUAAUUAGGUUUGACUAAUGUUGAAAGUGGAGAUGAAUUAAUAAAAAAGAAAACAAAAUUAAAUGAUGAAAAUGGACAAAUUAAAAUUUCAAGAAAGGUAAGUGACGAACUAAUUAAAAUAUUUGAGAGAUUGCCAAACGAUUAAAUCACAAAAUUAUUGGAUGCUAUCAAAUUCAAAAAUUCACCUGAUUUACCUGUUCGAGUUAAUCUUGUUGAUCUUAUGCAAAAAGAUGAAGAUUUUGUUUUGGAUAGUUAAUCUGACUCACAAAAAGAAAAAAAAAGAAAAAAAAGAGAAUCCAAAGAAAAAGAAUGCAGAUGUUGCAAGUAAGUAGUGAAACGACAUCAUUGUACACAUACAGAAUGCGAGAAGCCUUGCUAAAUCUAAGAGAAAAUGAAAAAAAACAAAACCUGA